GUGGCGGCGGCGAAAAGAAGAAGAGGGAAUGAAAUGGAAAAAAAAAAGAGGAAGUGACGUAUUAGUAUCGGAAGUGACGACAGCUAUCGACCAUUUCUCCUUUAAUUUGUGCAACGUCUAAUAAUAAUGAAACUUUUGACAAAUAUUUCUAAAUUAUGUCAACAUGUCUCUAGAAAUUCUCGAUGCACGUCUACUCUGCUGUUCCCUGUUAGGCUAAAUCCUUUAAAAUGCAGCAGCCAUUUACCGCGUACACCCGGCUCCAUCUCCAACUAUAGCCCUGUCUCUUGUUUCAGCCAUGGACCGACCUCCCCCAACAUAAAAGAAGAUCACGUUGUUGUAAAUCAUAAUAUUAAUGGUCAACUGACCGAUUCUGAUGCAGAACUGGACUGUUUAUAUCGUAAAAUAGAUGUGGAAGUGAAAGGACAUGACCCUGCUGUUAUCAACAGCUACGAGAAAUUCGUUCGGAUGGCCGCCGAGGGCCUCGGGGUCCAGAUCGGCAGCGUGUUUACGCCGCCCAAGGUCAUCACUCGGUACACCCUACUGAAAUCUGUUCACAUUUAUAAGAAACAUCGUGUCCAAUACGAAAAUCGGACUCACUUUCGCGUCAUAGAAUUCAUUCAUUUAACAGGAUCGACGGCAGAUACCAUUCUGGAGUAUGUACAGCGGAAUUUACCCGAAGGGAUGGCCAUGAAAGUCACAAAACAUCGGAUAGAAGCUUUACCCGAACAUGUUGAUGCUGCUACGAUCGAGAAAUAAGCUACAAUUCCGUUGUUUAUUUAUAAAUUUUAUAGCACCCUGAAAUGCUUUAAAGACUUUUGUAAUUUAUAUGGGUUUUUUAUAAAAAAAAAAAAAAAUCAAACCGUAAA